AUGUUUUCAACAACCAACGAUUAUCAACGUUCUUAUUUGACAAAGAGGUCAUCGAAGGAAAAGACUAGUUAUACAUGUAUUACUUAUGUUGAUGAACCGAUGAAAUAUAGUAUCGCCGAAUCGAAACGCUUGUUGCAUGUCAACGAGGACGGUUUUGGAAUUAUCAAUGAAUUCGGGAAAUCAUAUAAUGUUCAUGUAGAACAAACAGGUACGCAAGCAUCAAUGGAGGGUUAUGGUCUAUUACUAGAACGAGCAAUGAAAUCCCAGAUGCAUGAAGAAGUUCCAUCUGACUGUGAAGAUUGGAAAAUAAAAAAACAAAAAGAAACUCGAUUGAAAAAUUCAACACCAACUCUGACAUCAAAUCCAGUAUCGACCAUACGUGAAGAACGACAAACGACUUCUUCAAAAGAAAUGUUAUCUAUUAUUGUUGCUGACGAUGAGAUAUCAACUAUAAAUGAGAAAUCUGCUAAAGAAAAAUUAUCUUCAUUAUCUUGCCAGUAUGAUUCUAUCAAUGUUAAAUCUGUGUCGAGCUCAAAAAUUCGAGUAUUAGCAGAACGUGAACAGUGUUCGCCAAAUUUAGAUAAUGAUGAAGUAGAAGAAGAAAAACAAUUAAGUUUAUCAUCUGAUGAAGAUGAUUUCGAUGCAAAUGUGUCGUCGAAUUCAAUGAAAAAUCAACACAAAUCAUCUUUUUCAAAAAAACGUUCAACGACACAAACAGCAAAACUUCCGAUCAGAGAUCGUCACAGGGCAUUUUUUUCUGCCCUGCCCUGCCCUGCCCUGUGCCCUGCUUCUCUCUGCCCUGACCUGUCCUGCCCAGAUACCCAGGGCAGGGCAGGGCAGGGCAGGGCACAGGGCGAAGUAUAUCACUAA